ACACACCCUGUGUGUUAGCCAGUCUUCAUGUAGCAACUGUUAUCCGUGUGACUGAGUAGUGGCAGCAGGUGUCAGUGACUCAGUGUGGAGGAGGGAGAAGAGUCUUGCUGUGACCAGCCAUUCCUCAAAGACUAAAGAUGGAAUCAUUUCACUGCAAAUGCUGAGUGAGGGCCAUUCUAAUUUUCCUGUUCAUAACGGGUAACUUUUUUUUUUCCGGUCGAAGUCUACGCAAAUCUGACAAUCUACAACAACAACAACAACAACAACUGUCUGUCUACUCUCUACCACCCCACUGGCGACUAGGCUACCACUGACUGACUGCCAGACAGACUGCUCUGCUCCCAGGUAGCAUGGAGACAGAGCCGGGUAUCGUGUCUCCCUUCAAGCGUGUGUUUCUGAAGGGAGAGAAGGGUCGGGAUAAGAAGGCUCAGGAGAAGGCUACAGAACGCCGUGCCCUCCACACCUUCUCCCUCUCCGUCCCGGACCACCGCAUCGACCCUGACAUCCUGCUCAAUGACUACAUCGAGAAAGAGGUCAAGUACUUGGGCCAGCUGAUGUCAGUACCUGGCUACCUGAACCCCUCCAGUAGAACAGAGGUGUUACAGCUCAUCGACAAUGCCAGGAAGUCCCACCAGUUGGCGGGUCAGCUGACGUCUGAGCAGGAUGCAGUGGUUAGUCUGUCUGCGUACAACGUGAAGCUGGUGUGGCGGGACGGAGAGGACAUCAUCCUGCGUGUUCCCAUCCACGACAUCGCUGCCGUGUCGUACAUACGAGACGACUCACUACACCUGGUGGUGCUCAAAACAGCCCAGGAUGCAGGUGUGUCCCUGUGCCCCAAAACCUGUCCUGACCUGUCUGAGUCCCAGACCCUCAGCUCUCUGGCUGAGAGUGGAGCUGUACUGGUAGAGGUCUGCUGUCUGCUAGUACUGGCUGUGGAUAACAAGACGGCAGCAGAGGAGCUGUGUCUCAUGCUCAGCCAGGUGUUCCAGAUAGUUUACACUGAGUCCACUAUAGACUUCCUGGACAGAGCCAUCUUUGACGGAGCCACCACCCCCACCAGGCACCUCUCCCUCUACAGUGACGACUCUUCAAGCAAGGUGGACGUUAAGGAAGCCUUUGAAGCGGAGGCCAGCACCUUUUCGUUCCAGGGUUCUCUGGAGGCAGGGGGUAACACUCCGCCCCCCUCCUCCACCCCAGCCUCUCCUCAGACCAAGACAGUCAGCGAGGGAGAGCUGAGUACCACAGCUACAGAGCUGCUGCAAGACUAUAUGACCACGCUGCGUACCAAGUUGUCCUCUCAGGAGAUCCAGCAGUUUGCUACUCUUCUUCAUGAGUACCGUAACGGAGCGUCCGUCCAUGAGUUCUGUAUCAACCUCCGCCUGCUUUACGGGGACAGCAGGAAGUUCCUCCUACUGGGCCUGAGGCCCUUCAUCCCAGAGAAGGACAGCCAGCACUUUGAGAACUUCCUGGAGACCAUCGGAGUUAAGGACGGCCGUGGCAUCAUCACCGACAGCUUCGGACGCUACCGCCGUUCCGCCUCCGACCCAACCACCAAUGGGAACGGGGAGGCGGGAGGAGGCAGGUCUGAUGAAGGAGAUGAGUGGGACCGCAUGAUCUCUGAUAUCAGCAACGAUAUCGAGGCGCUAGGGGUCCGUGUGGAACAAGACUGACCCCUAACCCCUAGACCCUAACCCCUACCCCCAAGGCUGGGCUGCAGCAUGGACCAGGAGGGGGGGGGUUACGCCCUACACCCUAACCCCUACCCCCAAGGCUGGGCUGCAGGAGGGUCCAGGAACAUUCCUAAUGGACCACCUGAUGGUGACGGUGUAGUUUUGCUCGCUAUUCAUACUGGUAUUUAGGAGCUUCUAACUAAGACUGUGAAUAACUGACGAUAUACUAUCAUUAUUGUCAGCAUCUGCUGUCAGUGACCAGGAUAACGCUGUAGUCUGGAGUCUCUCGUCACAAUCGAUUCCGAUUGGCACCCUAUUUCCUAUACGGAGCACUACUUUAGACCAGAGAAUGGCACCCUAUUUCCUAUAUGGAGCAGUACUUUUGACCAGUGCUCUAUAUAGGGGGAAUAUAGAAUCACCAAAGGAGUGCCUGUCUGAUCUUGGAAAAUUAAAUAUUAUAUUGCCUGAGGAUUGAUGUAGAGGCAUGCUUUACGAUCUAUCACUUCCUACCAAGGUGUUCUAUGUUCUACACUCAGCCUAUCACUUCCUACCAAGGUGUUCUAUGUUCUACACUCAGCCUAUCACUUCCUACCAAGGUGUUCUAUGUUUUACACUCAGCCUAUCACUUCCUACCAAGGUGUUCUAUGUUUUACACUCAGCCUAUCACUUCCUACCAAGGUGUUCUAUGUUUUACACUCAGCCUAUCACUUCCUACCAAGGUGUUCUAUGUUCUACACUCAGCCUAUCACUUCCUACCAAGGUGUUCUAUGUUCUACACUCAGCCUAUCACUUCCUACCAAGGUGUUCUAUGUUCUACACUCAGCCUAUCACUUCCUACCAAGGUGUUCUAUGUUCUACACUCAGCCUAUCACUUCCUACCAAGGUGUUCUAUGUUCUACACUCAGCCUAUCACUUCCUACCAAGGUGUUCUAUGUUUUAAACACUCAGCCUAUCACUUCCUACCAAGGUGUUCUAUGUUCUACACUCAGCCUAUCACUUCCUACCAAGGUGUUCUAUGUUCUACACUCAGCCUAUCACUUCCUACCAAGGUGUUCUAUGUUCUACACUCAGCCUAUCACUUCCUACCAAGGUGUUCUAUGUUCUACACUCAGCCUAUCACUUCCUACCAAGGUGUUCUAUGUUUCACACUCAGCCUAUCACUUCCUACCAAGGUGUUCUAUGUUCUACACUCAGCCUAUCACUUCCUACCAAGGUGUUCUAUGUUCUACACUCAGCCUAUCACUUCCUACCAAGGUGUUCUAUGUUCUACACUCAGCCUAUCACUUCCUACCAAGGUGUUCUAUGUUCUACACUCAGCCUAUCACUUCCUACCAAGGUGUUCUAUGUUUCACACUCAGCCUAUCACUUCCUACCAAGGUGUUCUAUGUUCUACACUCAGCCUAUCACUUCCUACCAAGGUGUUCUAUGUUCUACACUCAGCCUAUCACUUCCUACCAAGGUGUUCUAUGUUCUACACUCAGCCUAUCACUUCCUACCAAGGUGUUCUAUGUUCUACACUCAGCCUAUCACUUCCUACCAAGGUGUUCUAUGUUCUACACUCAGCCUAUCACUUCCUACCAAGGUGUUCUAUGUUCUACACUCAGCCUAUCACUUCCUACCAAGGUGUUCUAUGUUCUACACUCAGCCUAUCACUUCCUACCAAGGUGUUCUAUGUUCUACACUCAGCCUAUCACUUCCUACCAAGGUGUUCUAUGUUCUACACUCAGCCUAUCACUUCCUACCAAGGUGUUCUAUGUUUUACACUCAGCCUAUCACUUCCUACCAAGGUGUUCUAUGUUCUACACUCAGCCUAUCACUUCCUACCAAGGUGUUCUAUGUUCUACACUCAGCCUAUCACUUCCUACCAAGGUGUUCUAUGUUCUACACUCAGCCUAUCACUUCCUACCAAGGUGUUCUAUGUUCUACACUCAGCCUAUCACUUCCUACCAAGGUGUUCUAUGUUCUACACUCAGCCUAUCACUUCCUACCAAGGUGUUCUAUGUUUUAAACACUCAGCCUAUCACUUCCUACCAAGGUGUUCUAUGUUCUACACUCAGCCUAUCACUUCCUACCAAGGUGUUCUAUGUUCUACACUCAGCCUAUCACUUCCUACCAAGGUGUUCUAUGUUCUACACUCAGCCUAUCACUUCCUACCAAGGUGUUCUAUGUUCUACACUCAGCCUAUCACUUCCUACCAAGGUGUUCUAUGUUUCACACUCAGCCUAUCACUUCCUACCAAGGUGUUCUAUGUUCUACACUCAGCCUAUCACUUCCUACCAAGGUGUUCUAUGUUCUACACUCAGCCUAUCACUUCCUACCAAGGUGUUCUAUGUUCUACACUCAGCCUAUCACUUCCUACCAAGGUGUUCUAUGUUCUACACUCAGCCUAUCACUUCCUACCAAGGUGUUCUAUGUUUCACACUCAGCCUAUCACUUCCUACCAAGGUGUUCUAUGUUCUACACUCAGCCUAUCACUUCCUACCAAGGUGUUCUAUGUUCUACACUCAGCCUAUCACUUCCUACCAAGGUGUUCUAUGUUCUACACUCAGCCUAUCACUUCCUACCAAGGUGUUCUAUGUUCUACACUCAGCCUAUCACUUCCUACCAAGGUGUUCUAUGUUCUACACUCAGCCUAUCACUUCCUACCAAGGUGUUCUAUGUUCUACACUCAGCCUAUCACUUCCUACCAAGGUGUUCUAUGUUCUACACUCAGCCUAUCACUUCCUACCAAGGUGUUCUAUGUUCUACACUCAGCCUAUCACUUCCUACCAAGGUGUUCUAUGUUCUACACUCAGCCUAUCACUUCCUACCAAGGUGUUCUAUGUUCUACACUCAGCCUAUCACUUCCUACCAAGGUGUUCUAUGUUCUACACUCAGCCUAUCACUUCCUACCAAGGUGUUCUAUGUUCUACACUCAGCCUAUCACUUCCUACCAAGGUGUUCUAUGUUCUACACUCAGCCUAUCACUUCCUACCAAGGUGUUCUAUGUUCUACACUCAGCCUAUCACUUCCUACCAAGGUGUUCUAUGUUCUACACUCAGCCUAUCACUUCCUACCAAGGUGUUCUAUGUUCUACACUCAGCCUAUCACUUCCUACCAAGGUGUUCUAUGUUCUACACUCAGCCUAUCACUUCCUACCAAGGUGUUCUAUGUUCUACACUCAGCCUAUCACUUCCUACCAAGGUGUUCUAUGUUCUACACUCAGCCUAUCACUUCCUACCAAGGUGUUCUAUGUUCUACACUCAGCCUAUCACUUCCUACCAAGGUGUUCUAUGUUCUACACUCAGCCUAUCACUUCCUACCAAGGUGUUCUAUGUUCUACACUCAGCCUAUCACUUCCUACCAAGGUGUUCUAUGUUCUACACUCAGCCUAUCACUUCCUACCAAGGUGUUCUAUGUUCUACACUCAGCCUAUCACUUCCUACCAAGGUGUUCUAUGUUCUACACUCAGCCUAUCACUUCCUACCAAGGUGUUCUAUGUUCUACACUCAGCCUAUCACUUCCUACCAAGGUGUUCUAUGUUCUACACUCAGCCUAUCACUUCCUACCAAGGUGUUCUAUGUUCUACACUCAGCCUAUCACUUCCUACCAAGGUGUUCUAUGUUCUACACUCAGCCUAUCACUUCCUACCAAGGUGUUCUAUGUUCUACACUCAGCCUAUCACUUCCUACCAAGGUGUUCUAUGUUCUACACUCAGCCUAUCACUUCCUACCAAGGUGUUCUAUGUUCUACACUCAGCCUAUCACUUCCUACCAAGGUGUUCUAUGUUCUACACUCAGCCUAUCACUUCCUACCAAGGUGUUCUACACUCAGCCUAUCACUUCCUACCAAGGUGUUCUAUGUUCUACACUCAGCCUAUCACUUCCUACCAAGGUGUUCUAUGUUCUACACUCAGCCUAUCACUUCCUACCAAGGUGUUCUAUGUUUUACACUCAGCCUAUCACUUCCUACCAAGGUGUUCUAUGUUUUACACUCAGCCUAUCACUUCCUACCAAGGUGUUCUAUGUUCUACACUCAGCCUAUCACUUCCUACCAAGGUGUUCUAUGUUCUACACUCAGCCUAUCACUUCCUACCAAGGUGUUCUAUGUUCUACACUCAGCCUAUCACUUCCUACCAAGGUGUUCUAUGUUCUACACUCAGCCUAUCACUUCCUACCAAGGUGUUCUGUGUUCUACACUCAGCCUAUCACUUCCUACCAAGGUGUUCUAUGUUCUACACUCAGCCUAUCACUUCCUACCAAGGUGUUCUAUGUUCUACACUCAGCCUAUCACUUCCUACCAAGGUGUUCUAUGUUCUACACUCAGCCUAUCACUUCCUACCAAGGUGUUCUAUGUUUUAAACACUCAGCCUAUCACUUCCUACAAAGGUUUACCCUUGUGUCUUAUCUCAAUCAACGAGAGCAGUUGGUAAAAUGUGACUUUUUCUUUUUUUUUUUUAUGGAACAUUUCCAUUCAGAAUAUUAGGAUGAAAAACAUAUCUGACAAUACCAGGUACUGGCUGAUUCCCAAUCUGUUCUUAGAGCGUAGACCAGAGCCACGUAAUUACAGAGUUGGACCGUUGAGGUUACUGCAUUAACAACGCUCUAAAUACAUGUCUCUGGCGCAAACAGACCAACCAAUCCUCAUCUUCAGCCGGGUCACAGUAGAUCACCUGCUUGGUGACGAUUCAACAUGUAGAAUCGGCCGGAAAAUGAACUGAAAAUGGCGUCCGGCGUCCUGGUCAGAACAGAAGCACUCGGCCGUCGAUCGUUGCGGUGUGUUCACUCUCUUACUGCAUCUUACCCUGUCACCAGUCAUUGUGCCUUCAGAUACAGGCUUGCAUCCCAAACGGCACCCUAUUCCCUACGUAGUGCACUACUUUUGACUAGAGCCAUAUGGGCCCUGGUCAAAAGUAGUGCACUACGUAGGGAAUAGGGUGCCAUUUUGGUACGUGGGCAUACAGUAGCUGCUACUGCCCAGUAGGGAUAUGACCACCUCAUUCUGAACUGUAAUUGUACAGCUGCUGUUGUUGUUGUUGUUGUUGUUGUUGUUGUUGUUGUUGUGAGAACUGUGGUUAUUUAAUAACAACAUAUAC